GACGCCUGAGCCCGCGCUCGCCGUUUCAGCGACAGGGUUAGUGAGUUAAGGAAGUAGUUGGGGGUCCUGGUGUGGGAAGUCCGGGCGCAGCCAGACAGAGCUACAUCGGGCAGCCAGGUAAUAAUUUCAAGAUGCCAGGGCGUUCCACUUCAAGUUCAGGUUCAACUGGUUUUAUAUCCUUCAGUGGUGUAGAAUCUGCACUCUCCUCCUUGAAAAACUUCCAGUCCUGCAUCAGCUCUGGAAUGGACACAGCUUCUAGUGUUGCUUUGGAUCUUGUGGAAACUCAGACUGAAGUGAGUAGUGAAUACAGUAUGGAUAAGGCAAUGGUUGAAUUUGCAAUGAUGGAUCGGGAACUAAACCAUUAUUUAAAGGCUGUUCAAUCUACAAUAAAACAUGUAAGAGAAGAACGUCCAGAAAAAAUACCCGAUCUAAAAUUAUUAGUGGAGAAGAAGUUUUUGGCUUUACAGAAUAAGAAUUCUGAUGCAGACUUUCAAAAUAAUGAGAAAUUUGCACAAUUUAAACAACAGCUGAAAGAACUAAAGAAGCAAUAUGGUCUUCAAGCAGACAGAGAGGCUGACGGCACAGAAGGAGUUGACGAAGAUAUGAUUGUGACCCAAAGUCAGACCAACUUCAUCUGCCCCAUUACACAGUUGGAAAUGAAGAAGCCAGUGAAAAAUAAAGUGUGUGGCCACACCUAUGAAGAAGAAGCCAUUGUUCGCAUGAUUGAGUCCAAGCACAAGCGGAAGAAAAAGGCCUGUUGCCCGAAAAUUGGCUGUAGCCACACAGACGUGAGAAUGUCUGAUCUCAUCCAGGAUGAGGCGCUGAGAAGGGCGAUUGAGAGUCACAACAAGAAAAAACAUCGUCAGUCCGACUAGGAAGAGCCCCCUGCCUGCAGGGAACUCCGCAGCCUACCUCCUACCCCAGCCAUCUGUAGAGAGCGAUGCUUGUCAGAGCACUUCAACUGGCUGCAUAGCAUACUUUGGGGUAAAAUUGAAGGAAGCCUUUUUCUAUGUUACAGUAAACAUUCAAGCAUAUUAUAUUGUUUAUUUUUAAGUGUUCUGCAAUUUUAAAUAAAACUUUGAUUAUC